GGAUGUCCCAACGAAGGUCCCGGAUGUCCCAACGAAGUUCCCGGAUAUCCCCGCUUGCCCCAGCGGCUGAUCGCUGUGAGCGACAUCUCGGCAGACGAAGGCGGGUCGCUGGAGUUCAUGACCCGAUGCACCUCCAUGGACAGCCCGUUUGAAGUGUCUGACGGUACAAAAUCUGAACCAGGGAUCAUGGGGGGUGGUGUUGUGGUCUGCUCGGUGGACAACCUCCCAGCGCAGCUGCCGCGAGAGGCUACGGACAUCUUUGGGAACCAGCUGCUGCCCUACGUCUGGGAAAUGGUACGCUCGGGGUCAGGGGUUAUGGUUCAAAGGUUAAUACGUCCAUAGCUGAUGUGAGAAAUGUUGAGUUCAAAACAUAUCCCCGUUUCAAGGACAUGGAUCCUGUAGGUACCGAUUCUUGGCAAAACGUGUUUUAUUUACAAUGGGGAUAAAAAUGUCAGACUACAAUGCAUGGCUAGU